UACCAAAAGAAACACCAAACGCCAGCCAUUGACAAGAUGCCAUGUGGCUUCACCUGCAGCGUGAUCGGGGACCGCAGGUCCCGACGUCUCCGCAGGCGAAGCUGGCCUUUGGUGGGCCAAGAGGUCGGCAGCCAGCGCGCAGGAGCUUCUGGGCGCUGGCACUGUUGGCCUCGGUCCCUGCGAGGGCGGACCUCGACUUUCAGGCCUUCACGAGGGAUCCCCAGGGCUAUGACUCGCACAUCCGUCUGGUGGACGGGUCUCAGAUCGAGUACUACUCCGACGAGUUCAACGAGCUCUGCCCCGAGCUCGGCGCUGGGCCCAUCGCGGCGGAGAAUCCGCUCGGCCAAGGCUGCCAUGCUGACGGGGGCACGUGCAUGCAGGGCAUCUCCCAAAGGUUUCAGCAUCCACAGGUAAGGCAGGUGGAGCCGGCACAGCGGGCGGCCUUGCCGGACAUGCAAUAUUUGGACGACGGGCAGCUGGAUAACCCCUACUCCGGGCGUGUGAGCGCUGGGAACUACACCGAGGUUGUCACCACCAAGGAGUUCAUCCCAGACGGGGACCUCUUGCCGUUGCCCCACACCCGCACGCAGCUCUGCCACUACGCGCUGCGCCUCACGCAGCCUGUGAGCGCACAGAACUCGGCGGCCUGGAGCCGAUUCAAGCAGCUGGUGGCCUAUGGCUUCGAGACUGAGUUCCACUUCCGCGUCUUCCAUCGCACGAAGGAGUGCUUCAUCGACGACUGGUGCGAGCCCGCGGGCGCGGACGGCUUCGCCUUCGUGGUGCAGAACGAGGGCCGGAAGAUCGUGGGCAACGACAUCUCCGGUAACGGCUACGGCUUUCGCUACAGUUUGGCGGUGGAGUUCGACAUGCACCGGAACGUGGACCUGGGUGAGUUGAGUGGGAACCACAUCAGCGUGCACGUGCCGGCCCGCAAAGGCGAGCCCAACUCCGCGGACCACGGGGUGUCCUCCAUUGCCUACACGGAUGACAUCCCUCCGCUGCAGGAGGGCACCCACGUGGUGCGCAUCAAGUAUGACGUCAGGAUGAGGCGCUGGGACCAGCGGGGCUCGGACUUCGACUCAGACGCCACCGGGGCCUUCUUUCGGCUCCAAGAGAGCGGCCGCGCAGGACUGCUCAGCGUGGAGUUGGAUGGACGCCGCGUCAUCGUGGUUCCUGUGGACUUGGCGCAGGUGGUGAACGUGGACGGCACCCAGAAGGCCUCGGCCAACACCCCGAGGCAGCCGGAUCCAGAGUCCUACGACGAGAAGGGCGCCAGCCCAGGCAGGGCCUGGGUGGGCUUCUCCAGCUCCACCAGCUACUUCCAGUACCAGUCAGUGGAUAUCCUCUCCUGGACCUUCCAGGAGAUGCCGGCGUGCCCCAUCGAUGGGGUGGAGGACUCCCGGCGCACGGUGCGCGGCGAAGGCCCUGAGGUGCGCUGCAUCAUCCGCACAGGCACGGAGGGAAGGUCCACCUGCACCUGGGAUGGCCAGUCCUACUGCGGCCUCAUCAUCCAGAAUGCUGGGCGCUCCGCUAUCAAGAUCUCUGCACACACCAGUCAUCACUUGCCUCACGAAUAUGAAGGCUGUGACUACGGCGUCCUGGACUGGGACGCGCUGCACCCCUGGUUCCUGGGUUGCCGGCGCACCGUGCGCUUCACCCACGAACUCCAAGAGCUUUGGAUCACCUCUUUGGACGGGGUGCGGGCGAUCACCAUCAGCGACGACCAGAUCCUCCAGAAGGCCCCAGUGCUCUUCAAGCGACAGAGCCUCUUCCAGUAUUGCGUCAUGGAGCACAAGUAUGACCCCUUCGCCUUCUACUUUGCAGAGUGUAACUGCGAGUACUGCAUGCGGCUUCUGAGCAUUUCCAACCUCUACAACAUCCUCUACCAGCACAAAUGUUCCGCCCGCUAUGGCCUUUUCUGCCCCUGCUUCGAGGCCUCGGAGGUGGCACACGACACCUCCCAGUGGACCACGCUGGAUCCCUUGCGCCACAUGAGGAUCCACAUUUGCCGGGGCUGUUCCUUCACCUCCCACUGCGCCCUCAUGCUGAAGGUGGCAAUCUGCGAGAUCUCGGACACGGGAUACCAGCUGGGGAAUCCCUUGGCCCCUACAAUCCUCAGCAACGGCUUCAUCAACACUUCUCUGGACGAGAACCGCGUGCCCACGGGCUACUUGCGGGGAGACGCGUGCAACUGUGAGCCUCAGGUGAGGCCCUACAUCGGGGACACCGAGGGCCGAUCAGGCCUUUGCUCCGAGCAAUCGAACCUGGGGUCCGGCACCUUCGUGGACCUCUUCGGGUGCGCGGAUUUGUGCCAGCAGACGGCGCGCUGCAAUUUCCUCACCUUCUGGGAGAUCUCUGGGGAGUGCCGCAUCUACAAGGAGUGCUUUUGGGAGCUGUGCUCCAACGACUACUGCUUUCAGUCCAGCACUUACCGGAACGAGGCGCUCGGAGAGUACCUCACACUGCGGGGCAGCGUGCAGGAGUUCAUCGUCUUCCCGCGCCGCACCUUGCAGACGAACUCUGAGGAUUGCCAGUCCUGCUUGCACCUCUACGAUCACACUCACUGCCUGCACCAAUGCGGCAACCCAGACCUAGUGCCAUACCUCCACUGGCCGGCGGGCCAGGCAUGCGCCACUUGCAUCUUUGCGGGGAACCGUAUGCACGAGAUGAACCUGCAGCAGACGCAGAUCGUGAAAGACUGUGUCUAUGCGGCGAUCCGGAGCAGCCAGGACCCCUGGGUGGCUUGUGAUGAGGUGGCGCUGGAGCAGUCGGGAUCCGCGGCCCAGGACCUCUUCAACGGGGUGACCACCCACUACCUCAGCGAAUGCCCAGGCCGCGGGUUUAAGAACAUCGGUGCGGUGUGCGUGCCGAACCUGCAUGCGAUGAACGCGUUCCCGCUACAAGUGCUCUCCCGAAUGGCGGCGAUCAACGACACCGUCUGGGGCUCGGAGCUGCAGUGCCUCAACGCGGUCUGCGAGAUGGUGCCCCGCUGGACCUGCUACGAGCGUUGGGUGGAGUGGGUGCUGAACGGCAACAACUCCGCCGCCGGGAUGCUGCCGAAUCUGCAGUCCACCAUGGUCAACGAUGCGCCCAUCACCCCAGCGUCCCUGGCCUUCAAUGGCGAGCUGAUCCACGGGUACAUGGACCUCAACAAGUCUCGGGAGCAGCUCAUGGUGUCGGACCCCGUGGAGCUGCAGACGGAGAACGCCACCUUGGAGGCCUGGAUUCGCCUGGGACAGGUGGAGGAGAUCAAGAACAUGGUCCUCCAGGUUCCCGCCUACCCCAACUCCGAGUGGAGCGAGGACUACCUGCCCAAGUUCGCCUGCGAUGGGAUCCUGACCACCUACUGGUCCUCCCAGGUUGGGAUUCGGGGCAUCCAGACCCACGAGGCGAGCUUGUGGCUGGACCUGGAUGGCUUUCAGAAUGGCGGCGCUGUCAUCAUCUACUGGAAGGAGCCGGCGUCUGACUACAGCGUCUCAGUGUCGCUGGACAAUCUUACCUGGUGGACCAUCAUUGAGGUCCAGGGGAACCAGGACACCUACAACUUCCAUGAGGCCUUCUUCGGCGCCAAGUUCCUAAAGCUGCACAUGACCCGGGCAGCGGCCACACGGGGCCCGGGCAUCGACGAGGGCAAGCCGGUCUUCUCCAUCUACGAGCUGGAGGUGGAGCGGGACACCAACGUGGCACGGCUGAAGACCACCACCAUCUUCAACUUCUUCGAGAAGCCGCCGGAGAGCGCCAUCGACGGGGAUCUCGAGACCUCUUGGAUGACGGCCAUUGGGUCCCCCAGUGCGGAGUUUUACGUGGAUCUGGGCACCACAGUGAAGGUCAUGGCGACCAAACUGUCCUGGCGAUUCCGACCCGGCUCCGUGAAGGUCUUUGUGGGUCCAAAUCCAUGCAGCGCGGGGGUGCCCACGGAGCAGUUCCUGAGCCUCUCCUCCGGCCUGGUCUUGGACUUCUUUGAGGUCACCGCCAACUGGGAAGGUCAAUGCAUGGUCGUUGUCAUUGAGGAGACGAGGACCUUCUUCGGCGAGCAGUACGUGGGCAUCCGUGAGGUCGAGUUCUAUACCGACAGCGAUGACCUGGCUCCCAACGGCACCAUCAACUCUAGCUUCCCCGACCAGGUGCACCACCUUACGGACGUGAGCAACUGCCUGGACGGAAAUCCCGCCACCUACUGGCUCCUGCAACCCCAGGAGGACCCCACUACGGUGACAGUGGAUCUUGGUGCCAUCUUCCAGAUCAUGAGCAUCGAAAUCCGCUUCGCCUCCGUUGACGGCGAGGAUUACUUCGCGAGCCGCUUCUACACGGAGAUGGGCACGGAGCUGGUGAGCUGGGAGAUGUUCGAGGUGGAUGCUCAGCAAGGCUCACGGACCAUGAGCCACUACUUCCAGGUCUAUCGCCUCGGUCGCUAUGUGCGCUUCGUCUUUGAGCAGGUCUUCGGGUUGAACCCCGAGGGUCGGCUGGGCAUCGAGGACUUUGUGAUCAGGAAAGUGAGCGACAACUUGGCGCGCCGCAGCGGCGUCACGGUGAGCGCGAGCAGUUCCUGGGUGGAAGCAGAGCCCAUCAUCUACGAUGGCAACCUGCGACCCCACGAUGGCGCCUUCGCAGUGGACGAUAACUUCGACACGUGGUUCGGGGCGGCCUAUGGCCUCACGGACUUCGCGAACGCCUUCCUUCAGGUCACUUUCCCCUCCCUCGUGCUGGUGGAUAUCGCAGCAGUGCGCUGGAAGUACCCGGCCUCUGAGAUCUUCGGCCUCUGCUCCGCGGGUCUGGAGGGGGAGGACUUCUCUACGGUGGCCAACGUGGACAAGAACACUGCCUACGUGACGCCGGUGGUCUUUUACAGCUCCUACGCCUGCCGCAGGGUGCGGGUGACCUUGGGCCCAAACAUGGGCACCUUCGGGCAGCAGCCCGUCAUCGCCAUCCGCGAGAUCGAAGUCUACUCCACGCAGGAGGACAUCACGCUGAACCGCCCGGUCUCAGCCAACGACGGCUCCGUGGCGGCCUUCGCGACCGACGACAGUGACGUGACGGUUUGGAGCUCUUUGUCCCUGAACGAGACCUGGUUGACGAUCGACACGGAGAGCAACUUCUCAGCUUGGGGCGCCCGUAUCUUGAGUCCUUCCACCAGCAUCAUCGACGCAUUCGAUAUCCAGGUCUCAGACGAUGGCGACGUCUUCGACACCGUCUACACCGUGCAGAGCAACCUGAACAACGACCUUUGGGUCAUCCAGCGCUUCUCUGGAAGAUACGUGCGCUUCGUGUUCAAGGUUUCUUUGGCCAAUGCCUUCUAUGUGCGUACGAUCAGGAUCUUCGCCACGCCGAACCUGGCACUGGGACAGGAGACAUACGCGCCCUACCGCUGGGACCAUUCCGGCGUGGAGGCGGUGGAUGGCCUCAACGAGACCAUUUGGCUGUCGGAGCCCUUGGCCACCCGCGCCAACGUGCGCCUGGACCUCGGGGAGCAGACCUUCAUCGCCGGGGGGAUGGAGCUCUUCUGGCUCUACCCGCCCACGGACUUUGGUAUCUUCCUCAGUAACGACACGGUGUCCUGGGAGGUACUUUGGAGCACCACAGGGAACUACAACUACGCGACGGUGAUCGGCUGCCCUGACCUUUGCUACUGGGAGUCCCAGUACAUUGAGAUUCGGAUGACCCGGGCGUCCCCGGACAACGGGGACGGGCUCUACGCGCUGAAGAGCUUCAACGUCUACUUCGACACCAACCUGGCGCAUUUCAAGCCCAUCACGGCAACGAAGACAAUGCCUGGCAACCCCUUUGCCCCGGAGAACGCCAUAGACGGCGACGAGUCCAGCUUUUGGAUGCCCGCUCAACGGGCCAGCAACAGCUACAUCACCUUCGACAUGACGUACGACGUGCUGAUUUGCGGCUUCACAGUGAACUGGGUCCGCCCGCCGGUGCAGUACUACGUAGAGUACGAAGAAGCAGACACCUUCAUCUGGAAGUUCGUGAACCGCUGGGUCACCUGGGGUGGCUUCGCGAACGUGGGCUACCAGCAGGAGUGGUUCGAUGGCUUCCCUGCGCGCCGCCUGCGCGUGACCAUUGAAGAGAAGCACCUUUUGCCGGAGGGCCGGGUGUCCGCCCUCGCGGACGUGCACCUGAAUGUGUGGGAACGCAGCGAGAACCUCGCACUGAAUCGCCAGGUCAUCCCCAGCGAGGAGACGAUCCUCGGCAACCUUGCGAGUAAUGCGGUGGAUGGCAAUGAGAGGGGCACCUACUGGUAUCCUGCCGAAGGCUCUCCGCAGGCCUGGAUCAUCGUGCAGCUGGACCCCAUCGCGCCGGUGCCGGGGGUGCCUCCACAGGGUCACCCGGUUGGCCGGAUCGUGGUGGUAUGGCGCUUCCCGCCGGGGGACCUCACAUUGGAGCGGCAGAUGAACCAGGAGUGGCUGAUGCUGGCGCAGUGGACGGACUACAUGGAGCUGAUCACCGACUGGGCCGGCAUGCGGAGCGCCAAUGCUAUCCGCCUGAACAUCGACAAGAGCAACACCGUGUGCGAUCCCCCUGACCCUUUCUGCCAGGAGAUUGGCAUCCUUGAGAUAAAGGUCUACAAAUACGCCUACUCCUUGCCCAACGCAGUAGAGCCGGACGUGAACCCCUGGAGUGCGGUGCCGGAAUACAUGGUGGAUCCUGACAAGGAUUCCUACUGGAUGGGCCCUCCACUCUUCGAUGGAGACAACAUCUACAUCUCGGUCGACCUGGGCAAGGUGUACAAUGCCACUGAUAUCGAGAUCUACUUCGGGUGGCGUGCGCAGGUGGUGUACCUCAGCAUCUCCGAGGAUGCCGUGAACUACAUCGAGAAACCGCUCUCAAGCGGCAACGUGCUGGGACUGCUGACGCUAGCGGAGAAGGGUCUCACCUUCCAGGUGAGGUACGUCACGCUGUGGGUGCAGCGGGGCUUCCAGGAUGCCGAGACAGGGAAGUGGGGCACCACCGUCCGGGACUUCGGCGUGCUGCAGUUCUCGAACAUUGUGAGAGGCAAGGUGCCUAUCACCGACAGUGUUUGGGAGUACCCCGGCUCUUGGACGGUGGAUGAUGACCUGAGCACGGAGUGGACCAGCCGCUUCGGUGCCCUGGAGGCGAGGCUCAUCUACGACCUCGGCCGGCCCCGGAACGUCGCCGGCAUGACCUGGGUCUUUGGCCACAUCGCUGGGCGAGUGGACGUGCACUAUGCUAACCGCAACGACAAUCGGAGCAACUGGCAGAAGGCAUAUGGCCUGGUGGGAAACAUUGACACCGACAUUAUGGUGCCGACCACGGUGCACUUCAAGUGCCGCUACAUCCGCCUGACGCUCUUUGAGCCCCGAACCCGGGAGUUCUGGCACCCAGAUCACUUCGAAGACACCGAGCUCUGGAACUCGCUGCUCUCCUUGAAGGACUUCAAGGCCUACGAGCACACGGGCGGCGGCGGUGUACUCGGCUUCCAAUCCGUGGAUGGCAUGCAGUACACGACCAUCACCUACGGACUGCGACAGCCUGGCGAGUGGAUCUUGUCCAGCGAGGAAGACCUUGCCACCCAGGACCUCACAGUGAACUACACCUUCAACGAUGUGGGCAGCAUCGUUCACAUCGCCAUGACCAAACAGAAGGUAGGAGGUGACAGCACGCACCGACUCAUGCAGUACGCCCUCUACCGCAACGGCAUGACGUAUGGGAUGCCCUACACGGUCCGCGAACCCGUCAACAGGAUGAACGGCGUGGGCUCCACCCGCGUGGUGCUGGGCGUACGCAGCUCCGCGCACUACCCAGUCCCCGCGACGGAUCCAGGACCAACCGAUCCAGACCCCCGGAACGGAGUGAUCCACGGCUUCAGCCACUCACCCUUCUUCGAAGGCUGGAUCUACAAUGUGACCCUCUUUAAGAAUGCCCUCACGGCGGAGGAGGUGCGUGGCCUCUACGAGGCACACGCCCAGGGGGGGCAGGAGGUGGGCUGCCACUGCUUCGAUGCCUGCCCCACAGGCGGGAACCGCUUCUUUCCCAACGUGCAGGUGCCCUGCUCCGGUCAGGGCGCCUGCCUGCGUACCAGCGGGCAAGCCUUCGCGCGGGGCCGCUGCGAGUGUAAUCCUGGGUACUCCGGCGAUGCGUGUCAGCACCACUGCUCGGACCUCUCCACCUAUGGCUGCUGUGAGGUGGACGAUGAUUGCCCCGUGGGCCACAUGUGCGACCUGGUGACGCACGCUUGCUACGAACCUACGGCGUGAGGCGCAAGCUAUCACGAUGCUCGCGUUGCCCGUCCAAGACGGCAUCGCAUGGGUUGUGCGAGGCGGUUGAGAGACGCAGGAGCCUUGUAUUCAACCG